AUGAAUUAUGUUAUCAGAAAUAUUUUAAUAUUUAGUGUCUUUCAAUCAAUAAAGCUUGAUCAGGUAACAUUGUAUUCAGAUGAAUUGACUGGAAUGAUGCCUAUACAUGCAGCUGCAGCUUGGGGAAAUCCAAAAUGUUUGGAAGUACUUGUCCGACAUGGCUGUAAUGUGAAUCAACUGGACUCGAUGAACUGUUCACCUGUUCACCAUGCAGCAAGAAAUGGACAUAAUGAAACGGUAGAAUGGCUUAUGAAGAAUGGAGCAAGUCUUGUGGAAUUAAAUCUUUUUGGUCAGAAACCAGCAGAUUUAGCUUUAGCUAAUAAUUUCCCUGAUUUGGCAGAUGUAAUUCGUAGAGAAGCAAAAAAGCAAUUAAAAGAAUUGGAAUCAAAACCACUACAUCCAAGUGAUUCCAUUGAAUUAUUAUAA